AUGGUUAUUGCUGCUACGGUGGCGAACAACCAAUACACAUGGAUUCUCGCGGAUCCACAAGACCAGCGGGUAAAACCAGAACCAAGAUUAGCAGUUCCUGAAACAGAAUGUAGUUCGCGUGUCGCCCAAGAUUUGUCCCACCUGAGGGGGGCGGUUUUUAAGUCCGGGAUGCAAUUGUCUCCCCAACUGGAUCUUUCCUCGGGACAGGACUUUGGCACAAUUACAAAAUUUUCACCACAUUCACCUUUUUUUAUUCAAUACCCUUGA